AAAAAAAGAACGCCCCAAGAAAGAGAGACAAAAAGGGAAAAAAAAAAAGGUUGCGCAGCUUCUUCUUCUGCGACUUGGUCAUCCAUGGCGUGCUUUCGCAGCAAAUUACCGAGUCAAUGUCAUCUGUUUAAGGAUCAACUCGGUUUCUUUUCAUUCGGUGACGGCCUCUCGUUCGCUUCCUUGCCCGAAAUCCCGAACUCGUCCCUUUCAUCUAAGGACGUCCUGGAGGCCAAUUUUCAAAUCCUACAUCCUCAUUUACUUGUUUUCAAUUUCCUCUUCCGCUCUUCCUUUUUUCCCCGUCACUUGCCUGGAAUCGGUGAUCUACGUCCUGUGGUCCGGCAAUGAGGAGGUGGAGAGAUCUGCUGCUUUGCUCCUUGUUGCUGGUUUCUCUUCUCCGGAGUUCGCUCGUUCUAGGGCAAGAGCCAGGAUUCAUAAGCAUAGAUUGCGGGGGAGUGGAAGAAGGCUAUGUGGAUACCACUACCAAUAUAAGCUAUACUUCUGAUUCCAAUAUUAUGAAAUUUGGGGAAAGAAGAACAAUUGCAAGUGAUUACAUAUCGUCAGUGUCUCAAUACCUACAGCAUCUUAGAAGUUUCCCAAAUGGAACAAGGAACUGUUACACUGUGCAACCAGUGAUCUCCGGAGUAAAGUACCUUCUCCGGGCUUCUUUCAUGUAUGGCAAUUAUGACGGUUUGAAUUCUUUCCCUCAAUUCGAGCUCUCUGUAGGUGUUAAUUCUGUGAGAACUAUUACGAGUUCAAAUUCAAGUAAGUGGUUGUUCGUUGAAGUUAUGUUGGUGCCUACGGAUACUUAUGUCUCAGUCUGCCUUCUCAAGACUACCACUGGGAUUCCUUUUAUAUCCUCCAUAGAACUUCGUCCAAUGAAUGGAACUGGUUACAAAAUUCUGAACGACACAACAGCCAUGGUUCUGGAGCGACGGCUCAAUUUUGGGACGACAGAUGCUGUUACAUACAGGUAUCCUGAUGAUAUGUUUGAUCGCUUGUGGUUAUCACCACCUAGAAGCACUUCGUUAAAGUCCAUCAACACCUCACAUGCUGUUGUUUCAGACAGUUAUUUUGAACCACCAUCAGUUGUUAUGCAGACAGCAUUGGUCAAUCCAAAUUCAAGCAAUGGAAUUCUAUGGAAUCCCUCAAAUCUACCUAAUAAUUCCUAUUUUUACAUGAGUAUACAUAUUGCUGAAAUACAAAAACUGAAGAACAACCAGACUAGAGAAUUCAACAUAACUCUGAACUCCGAGGACUGGUAUACAAAUGAAAAGCCCCGUUAUCUGACUGCAGAAACUAUAUUCUCCACAUCUAGCUACCUGCUCCCAUCUGGGAUUAACAAAGUGGAGCUCCUGCCCACAGAGAGAUCUUCAUUAUCUCCCAUUAUAAAUGCAAUUGAACUAUACACUGUCAAGUCACUGUCUAGUUCCUUAACAAACAAAGGAGAUGUUGAUGCACUUACUAGUAUUGCAACUGAACUUGGCAUCACCAAAGAUUGGACAGGAGACCCUUGUUUGCCUCAACGCUAUGCUUGGGAGGGAUUGGCUUGCAGUAAUGAUUCCUCGCCGAGGGUUAUCUCUCUGGAUUUAUCAGACAAUGGGUUGACUGGUGAAAUUCCUCAAAAUUUAUCAAGACUUACAGCCCUAGAGAGUUUGAACUUAGCAGGAAACAACCUGACAGGUCCAAUCCCAUCAUUUUUUACUGAUUUGAUCCAUCUGAAAAAUUUAAAUUUGUCAUCCAACAAUCUCACUGGCUCAGUUCCAGAUGUUCUUCUGCAGAAGCAGCAAAAUGGAAGCCUUUUGUUGAGUGUUUCUGGCAAUGAGAAGCUUUGCUUAUCAAGCACUUGCAAUGCAUCUAAAAAGAAAGGCAAUGUAGGAGUAAUUGUUGGAAUAGCAGUUGCUGCUGCUUUGUUAGUGGUUGCACUCUGCAUUGCUACUUUUGUGAUGAUGAAGAGGAGAAAGCCUGGAAGUAAGCAACCAAUAAACAACAGUGCCAGACCGGUAGGAAGCUCAAAUGGUUACCAGCCAUUCACUCACGUGGAAGUGACAAAGGUCACAAAUAAUUUCAGUAGAAAAAUUGGUGAAGGAGGUUAUGGUCCUGUGUUCCAUGGGCAUUUACGGAAUGGACAAAAUGUGGCUGUGAAGAUACUUUCUAGCAAGUCAAAGCAAGGAUCCAAAGAAUUCCAGACUGAGGUGAUUCUUCUUUCGAGGGUUCACCACAAAAAUCUGGUGUCACUGAUUGGAUACUGUGAUGAGGCAGAAAAUAUGAUUUUGAUCUAUGAAUACAUUUCUAGAGGAAACCUCCAGGAUAUUCUUUCAGGCCGCUCACAGCUUAACCUGGAUUGGAAUCAGAGGCUUAAGGUGGCUUUCGGUGCUGCACAAGGCCUCGAUUACCUACAUUCUGGGUGCAACCCUGCAAUAAUUCACAGAGAUGUGAAAAGUGCCAAUAUACUCUUGAAUGAGAAGCUUGAAGCUAAGAUUGCAGAUUUUGGCAUGUCCAAGACUGGUUUUCCUGAUGGUAUUACCCACAUAUCCACCAAGGUCGUUGGUACUCCUGGAUAUUUGGAUCCAGAAUAUUACUUGACAAAUCGUCUUACUGAAAAAAGUGAUGUCUAUAGCUUCGGCAUUGUUCUUCUUGAACUGAUAUCGGGCUUGCAGCCAAUUAUUGUUGAGCCAUCAGGAGAAAGGGUUCAUAUUGUUAAUUGGGUUCGACCAAAGCUGCUAAGAGGAGAUCUUGCAAGUGUUGCAGAUCCAAGAUUUUGUGGUGCUUAUGAUGUGGGUUCAAUGUGGAAGGUGGCAGAGACAGCACUCGAAUGCACCGCCUUAAAAGAUGCAGAAAGACCAGCGAUGAGCAUGGUCGUUAGUUAUUUGAAGGAAGCCAUUGAAUCAGGUUCACCCCCUACUGUUUCAGCACUUGUGUCACCAUCCGAACCUCUGAGGGGUGUAUACGCUCUCAGCUCUGGAACAGACAGUGAAACUGGUGUUAGCUAUGCUGCUCCAUUAGCGAGAUAGUAGAGAACUCUUUUUUAUAUACUUUUUUUUAUCAUUCUUCAUGGAUUUCUUUUUAAUUUUCUUGGUUGAAUUGAUGUAACUUUGUAAUAAAUGUAUUAAUUUGUAAUAAAUGUGUUAAAGAGGAAGAA